AUCGCUGAGAGGAGCAGAAAUCCUCCAACUGCCGCGUUGUUUUCAGUGAUGUAGAGAGAAAGGACUGAGUUACUCUUUAAUUAAACAGCUGUCGCUGAGCAGCGUCUCUCCCCUGAGGACAGAAUCAAGCAAGUGGGUUCAUUGGACUAAGUGGAGCAGAGAGAGAGAGAACUGGACCUGGAGCCCAUCUGUCUCAAAGGACACACAGGAGAGCUGCAGGACCCAUGACCCUGACACGAGGUUCCUUCAGCUACUCCAAUGGCGAGGAGUAUCACGGCGAAUGGAAAGAAGGUCUGCGUCAUGGCCUGGGUCAGCUGACCUUCAGUGAUGGGACGUGCUACACCGGACAGUUUGAGAACGGCCUCUUCAAUGGCUGCGGGGUGCUGGUCUUCCCCGACGGCUCCAGAUAUGAAGGUGAAUUUGUGCAGGGCAAAUUUCAAGGCGCCGGCGUGUUUACUCGCUUCGAUGGGAUGAGAUUCGAGGGCGAGUUUAAAAGUGGAUGUGUGGACGGCUACGGAGUGCUGACGUUUUCGGACGGAGGCCCUGGUGGCGGCGGUGGCAGCCAUGAGGGUCUGUUUGAGACCAGCCAGUUGAUGAGGAGGGAGAACAGCCAGGGAGCCGUGCAGAGAGCGCAGGCAGCAGCCGCCAAGGCCCGAGCUCUGGCCAUGUGACCUGGACUACAUCACCCACAGUGCUCCACUACCAAGAUAAUCCUCCCCAUCAUCAUCCUCUUGGUUUGAAUAGCUGAUAAUGUUAUUUAUUAAGAGAUUUCAUUCUUUUCUACAGUUUUUUUCU